GAAUUCUAGGAGUUGGUCCAUACGUCUUAAAGUUACCGAGGUUGAGAAACAUUGCUUUAACCGAAUAAGAGGCAGGAGGGGCCUCCUUGUGCCUAUUCUCUGCACUCCACACGUACCAAACAUCUCCGCUUCGCUCCCUACCAAUUCUGAUCGAAACACAGCAAUGCUGUGUCAGACGGGUCUUUAUUUUUAUUUUUUUUUACGAUCACCCGAAAGAAUCUGUAAUCUGGGCUAGAUUGCGGCAAGAUUUCUUCCGGCUGCGUGUGAGGGGCCGGGCAGAAAAAACGGAACCUCCUUUUCUAUUCAUUGGAUGAAGACUAGACCAAGUAUUUUUGUUUAACCAGCCUAACGCAGGCCUUCGCGGUUCCUUCCACCCUGAAACUGGACAGGCUCCGAAUUAACUGCACGGGAAGCCUCUGGGGAAGUAAGAGGGCGGCGCGACUCAAUUACUCUUUUUACGUCGUUGAGGCAACCGCCGAGGCUCGGCCCCUUGCUGGAUCCGCCUCUUUCGGCGCUGGGGAGGAGUCCUCAUGGCCAUGGGCGAGCCUCCGGGUCCAAAGGCACAAGGCAGCUCGACAGAUGGGCGGCUACCCGCCUGCAGCAAACGGGGCCGACGGUUUGGGCUUGUCAGCGUCCGCCGGAUGAUGGGCAAGCUGGAGAGAUUCCACGGGAGCUGCUCCGCACCAGCCGCAGCUUUGGGAUUCUGAGCCGCCGCAUCGUCAGCUUGUAGGCAGCGCUGCAGGAAGUGCUUUUGAGAGUUCAGGCGAGGAGCGGCUGGCGGAGAGUUCAAGCGGCUUUCCUUCUGGCGCGGCUUACGAGGGGGGGGAGGGUGUGAAUCGGGCCGAGCGACCCUUUCUUCAGCCCGGGACGCAGCUGCCGCCUCACCCGGAGCAGACGGCAGCCCGGGGCGCGUCGCCAACCCCAGCUGCAAAGGAGCGCCUCCUUCUGCGAUGCCGGUUUUAAUUUCUCUUGAAGGCAGCCGAGAGACGUCGGCUUGCGUGAACGGGUGGGAUUGAUGCCCUUUUAAUUAGGGUUUUCCAGCUCGAUCUUCCAAGUGACCGGCGGCUUUUAUAUACACACACACAUAUAUAUGUAAGACUGGCGCUACAGUUAAAAGAUGUACACGUUUGUGGUGCGAGAUGAAAAUAGCAGCAUCUAUGCUGAAGUCUCUAAAAUUCUCCUCUCCACUGGACAAUGGAAGAGGCUCAAAAGAGAUAAUCCCAGAUUCAACCUCAUGUUGGGCGAGAGAAACAGGCUGCCUUUUGGGAGACUGGGUCAUGAACCCGGACUUACACAGUUGGUGAACUACUACAGAGGGGCUGAUAAACUUUGUCGAAAAGCUUCUUUAGUGAGAUUAAUCAAGACAAGUCCUGAAUUGGUGGAGGCUUGCACAUGGUUUCCAGAAUCCUAUGUGAUUUAUCCAACCAAUUUAAAGACACCGGUAGCUCCAGCUGAGAAUGGGCUUCAACAUCUGAUAAACAACACAAGAACAGAUGAAAGAGAAGUCUUUCUGUCAUCCUAUCAGAAGAGGAAAGAGAGUGGAGAAGGAAAUGUAUGGAUAGCUAAAUCUUCAGCAGGAGCCAAAGGUGAAGGAAUUCUUAUUUCUUCAGAGGCUACUGAACUUCUGGAUUUUAUAGAUAAUCAAGGACAAGUGCAUGUGAUUCAAAAAUACCUGGAGAAGCCUAUGCUCUUAGAACCAGGCCAUCGCAAAUUUGAUAUUAGAAGUUGGGUCCUAGUGGAUCACCAGUAUAGUAUCUACCUCUACAGAGAAGGUGUUCUACGGACCUCUUCAGAACCUUACAAUAGUGCUAAUUUCCUGGACAAAACCUGUCAUUUAACCAAUCACUGCAUACAGAAAGAAUAUUCUAAAAACUAUGGGAGAUAUGAAGAAGGGAAUGAAAUGUUUUUUGGAGAGUUUAAUCAGUACCUGGUGAAUACUUUGAACAUUACUUUAGAAAAUACAAUCUUACUGCAAGUCAAAAAUAUAAUAAGAAGCUGCCUUAUGUGUAUAGAACCUGCUAUCAGUACCAAACAUCUUCAUUAUCAGAGUUUCCAGCUCUUUGGUUUUGAUUUCAUGGUGGAUGAGGACUUGAAAGUUUGGCUAAUUGAAGUCAAUGGUGCUCCUGCAUGUGCCCAGAAACUUUAUGCAGAGCUUUGUCAAGGGAUCGUGGAUGUAGCCAUCUCUUGCAUCUUUCCUCUGAAUGAUACCAUUCAAAAACAGAACCAACAAUCUGUAUUUAUAAAGUUGUCAUAAUUAAGAUAAAAUGAACACAUUGGAAAGCUUCCACCUGUUUGGAUCCAGGGAAGACCAAGAAACACUGAACACUGCAGCUGCACAUCAUGCCAAAAAGAAGAAGGGAAAAAGUGGCAUAAUUUUUUAAUUUCAGAAAAGGAACAUUUCAAAGGAAAGCCCCAGAUGAACCAAAAAGCUUUCAUCAACUCUAAAUGUUUUAAAGCAUUGUUUCAAUAACAAAUCCUGUAACCAAAGCCAAUCUUUAUGUUUGAGGACAACACAAUCAUUUUUUAAAUGUCAGCAAAAUCAGGGGUAUGAUCAAGUCUUUAUCUUUUUCCUUCUAAUUUAAUCAGUUGUUUUAGCAAAUGCAAGUAUCAGUAUCCUUGAGAGACUGAAGAAUUUUCCACUAAGAGUUGUGGAUCUUUUCUUUCUUUACUUGCUGCAGUUCUAGUGCCUUAGCUUUGUUCCUAACAACUCUCCUAAUUUGUUUUGUUUGUACAAUGUUGAUUUUACACUAAAAAGAUGCCCUAUUUUGCAUGGUAUGAAGUUUCUUCAAUAUCUUUGCCUUUAUAUAUAUAUUGUGUGUUCAUUUUUUUAAAAAAAGUAUGUUCUUUGCCAGAAACUAACUGUAGGAGACUGCAAAACUGUAUCCUUUUUUCUUCUGAAAAGCUGGCACAAUUGCAAAAUCUUAUUAUAUUUUUUUUGUUUUUUUGUUUUUUAAAAAAAUCUCAUCCCUUUGCUUUUUACCUUAUGGAAAUACUUCUGAGAUACUGAAAGGAAGCUUUUAAAGGGCCUUGAUCCCAUCCUUGUUCCACAAAUAUUGGUUGAGUUCAUGCAUUGCAUUGACAGUGAUGUGUGAAUGCACCCAGUAAGGCAUCAUAAUACAUGUAACCCAGGCCAUUAUGUUUUAUUCAAUAAACCAUGCUUAAAUUCGGGGUUAAGUAAGCAUAGCCAUUGUACCUCAAUUCGCUUGGCAUAGCAAAACAAUGGUUUGGUUGUUGAAGUCCACAUUAUUCCAUCUCUUUCUAUUAUUUGUGAAUUUGUAUUCCCUUUCUAAUUUGUCCAAUCUGAGUAAACUGAUGCUAAUCUCAUCCAUGGUAACCAAGUCCAAAUCACAACUGAAAAUCCAGUUAAAAUCAUGUGCAGGAAGCAAAGUGGUACUAGAGUAGAUCAUAGUUCAAGGGAAGGUUAUUCCUGUCUCCCAAAUAAGUGUCAGGGCAAUUGUUUUAUCCCUGUCCUGCAUUUCUUGCCAGCAUUAAGUAAUUCCAAAAUAAUACAGUUAGGUUCAGGUAUGUACUACACUAAAGUUUGUCACUACAUCACAAUUGGUUGGUUUGCAUAAGCUGAGCCAAAUGAAACAAGCUAAAUAAUGUCUUAGCAUAUUUUAAUUGAAAGCCACUUUGAAUGUUUUGUCUUAUUGGAAAAGUGGCAUAUAACACUGAAUAAAUUGUACCAUGCAUGAACUCAGCCAAUAUGCAUCAACAAGUAGAGACCCUUCACUCAGAACCAGCUUUCUCCCUAUUGUUCCCCUAGAGAAAAAGAAUACAUAGAAGAAGAAUGGCUAGAUCUAGGGAACUUGCUGUCAGUCCAUAGGAAGAGAAUGGAGUCUGGCAACUCAUGUCUUCAUUUCAUUGGUCCUCUUCUAAAAUUAGGGCUGACAUGGAUAUGCAAACUUACUGUCAGCAAGAAUACACUCAAUGAAGUAACAUAACUGAUUUUUUAUAACCUAUAACUGCAAAAUAUCCUUUCUCAAUAUUAAAAUAGAACUUUCCCACAGAUAUUUCAUGCCUGACCUUCAUAAAUCGGGCAUUCUCUUCUAAUGAGAAGAUAGCUUCUCCUUAUCACUCUGACAUAGUUUGCAUAUUUACAAAAGUCACAGAAUCCAUGAUCUUCCAAUCCUAAAAUUAACAAUUUGAUUUUUAUUAUAUAAAAAUUAACUGCCUCCUUGCAAGGCUGCUAGUUUCUGUCUUAAGCAAAACAUGUUACUUAUGCCAAGUGCAAUGAAAAAAAAAAUACUAAAAUAUUUCAGGCAAGAAUUCUCUUAAUAUUCAAAGAGGUAGACAAAAUAGUUCAGAUUAUAUAACUACACUAUCAUGAUUCCGUGGAAAACAUGAGGGUGUCACAAAUAUAGCUAAUAGUGUACUGUAAUCAGUCUACAAUAUAAUCUGUUAGUGCCUUCAGAAUGUUUAGCAGAAAAGGAGACACUGACUGCAAAUGUAUAUCUUGAACUUAUACAUACUUACUUAUAAAUAGGUUCAGUUAUUUGAAACUUUACCUAGGGGUACUUGAAUCAUAGCCUUAUGCUGGAAAUUUAGGAAGCCACAACACACUUUGCUAAUAUUUCUUGUUAAGAUCAUUAAACACAUUAUAUAAAUAAAUUGUUGUUCUAGAUACCACUGCAUGUUGCAUGCUAUAAUAGUUUAUGUCAAAACUGUAGGACAGCUUUAUAACUUAGUAAAAUGAAAUAAAAUUAGCCAUUUGUCAGUGGACCAAUGAGCAUGAUAUGGCAGAUGUAAACCACCAGUUAAAAGUCUUCCUUCUAUUGAAAUAAAAAAAAAAGAUUGAUUGAAUAUUGGGAAUUGUUGGAAGACAAUUACAGUAUUACUCUUAAUUGUUACAUUCAUAAGGUAUCAAUCCUACUGUACUCAGACUGACUCAGAUUGGAUGGGAAUUACAAUACUACUACUUCUACUAUUAUGUAUAUUCAUGGAGUAUAAAUUGUGUUGUUCUUAUAUUGGCUAACAUAGGCUUAUACUUAAAAUUUGCAGUCACAUUCCCAAAAAGGUAGAAGAAAUUCAGCUAAACCCAUUAGGAUUAAACCAAGGAGAAAUGUUGGAACAGAAUGGUAAUCUGAUUAAUUAUAAUAGAAUAGGAAAAAAUGGUUUACACACAAGAGAAUGCGGUCCUGGAUAGAAUUCAUGGAGGGCCACACAUUAGGCUGAUAGAAACAAGGAAUUGGCAGGACCAAGCAAAAAACUGUCCCAGCCAGUGUUUCUCAACCCUGACAACUUUAAGAUGUGUGGACUUCAACUCCCAGAAUUCCCCUUGAAUACCAACUUUUCGACUGAUUAGCUUGCAAGUACAUAUUCCGAAUAUAAUGAAAUAAUGUUGGCCUAAUACAAAUUAUGUGGAGUGCUUGCAAACAUACAGUAUUCCUAAAGGAUGGGAAUGUUCAUAAUUUUUGCUUAGGUCACAGUUUUUUUUCAGCUGAGGAUGUUCGCUUUGCCAUGUUUAUUUGACAUUAAAUGAAUCAAGAGAAAGGAGUGUAAGAUGUUUGCCACCUUGAAUUAUUUGCUAAAGUAAUAAAAGUGGGAUAAAAAUGAAUGAAAUCCAUAACUUUUAGAUGUGAUAGGAAACCAAAUUAGGUACUGUAAUGUCCUGAAUUUUUAUGCAAUGUCCUAAGUUUACUAGGUAAGUGUAAUUUGAGAAUUGAUAUCUUGAGGGACACCCUUUCAGCAGCUCAGUUCUUGUUUGCAAUUACUAACUAUAUUGGCAUCCAGGUUUCCUUAGGAUAUGCCUCAUUUUAUAUAGUAGAUGCUGAAAUGUUAGUGUUCAUGUUUCUUAAAAAAUAACAUACUUUUCUGUUUAUUGUAACCACACUGCCACAUCUGUUUGUCCAUUAAUUAUAAUUUUCCCCUUAUUUUUAUAGUGUUAUUUCAAUGGCGGAGGCAGGAUGUAACUGUCAGCAAAAAUACUAUGAUUUUCUUGAAUUAUGAUUAUUUGCAUUCAGUCCUUGCACAGGCAAAAAAAAUGCAGUGCAAUGUUAUUUUCCUUUAUAUAUAUGUUGUAUAAAUUAAGGCAGCAAGCAAAAUUGAAGCUAUUCACAGAAUAACUUUGGAAAGAAUUCAUAGAUGCAGAAUUUACUUUUAACUUUUGGACUCCAUGUUUAAUAUUGUAAGUAUUUGGGAAAGCCUUAUAUAGGAAUAUUAAAAUAGCACACCUGAUUAUUUAAAACAAAACCUCUUAAAAGGGCUGUAUUCCACCUUAAGCAAUUGUCUUUAUGACCUUAUAUUGGGUAUAUAUUUUACAGUAUCUGAUUUGUGUGUCUUUCAUAAUGUGAUGGCAUCAUGCAUGCUAGUAUUUAUUAGGCAGUGAAAAUCCUCUGGUCAGUAGAUUUAUUCCAACAGAAUUAGGGAACUAGAGUCCUUCAAAGCAGUAAGUAGUAAACGCACUAAACUAUAAAUACUCAUAUAGUCAGAACAUUUGUUCCAUAAAGUGAUUGAAGUUUGUAUACUAGAUACUGGCAAAAAUAUUAUUUUAAAUAUGAAGGUUUGUUCAAGAAUGGAUAAAUGAAUGAACCUCAUUUGUUUCUAUAGCAAACAUUAAAAAAUGAGAUUAUGCGUUAUGUCCAAAUGUUCGUGUACAAUAUCCAGAUAUUUUGGUAAUACUUUGACAAUGAUGGGGAUAGAAAUUCUGGAUACAGCAGUUGAGGAAGACUGCUAGAAGAACAUGGACAACUGCCAAUUAAAUAAAUAAAAACGUAAGUACAUAAGCCCAAUCAUUUCAAGAAUAAAGCACUAGUGGUAAACUGAUAUAUCUAUGCCAGUUAUUUCUGUCUUUUAAAUACAGCUGCACUGCAAGGUUUGUUAAUGUCAUUUUAUUUAAUUAUAUGGAGCUCUCCUCCCUGAAGACAUGGUACUAAGUUACCAUGGAGCAUCAGUAUUUUGCAGAGGAUUUGAUAACAUUAAAAGAGUAAAAUAGGUCAUUUUAGUUCUUUUGGAGAUGUUUCAAAGUCAAAACACUCUCCAAAUACUUGAAACAAAUAUUUCAGAUUUGUAAUUAAAAAAAAAAGUUUUGCACACUGAAAUGAUUCAGCUCUUUGAACAUGCACAAUUCUUUUAAGCAAUCAAUUGCAUACCAAGGUAUUUUGCUGGUGGACUAAGGGGCACAAUGUGACACAAACAUUAUUUAUACAGUGGAUCUUUCUCUUUCUUCCAUUCCACUCUGGUGGGGCUAUCCAAAUCUCUACAGAUUCCCUCAGCCCUAUAGAAGAAUUGGAAGGAGUGUGUGAGAGGCAUUUGGGAAUUUGCAUGGAAAGGAGGAGCAAUAGAUAAAAGAAAAUAUCCACCCAAUAUCCCUCCAAAUAGGAUGGUGACACUGAAAAAAAGAAUAAUUUUUGAAAUAGUAAAUACAUAUGGCAUCAAACUAUAAUUCUAUGGAUGUCUAUGUAGAAUAGUCUCCCUUUGAACGCCCCGGAAUCUUUCUUCAAAAAUAAGCAUCCAUAAGACUGAACUGUUACUCAUAGGUUAACAUCAGAUUUGCUCCGCUAAUUACCUAUUUUGAACUGGUUUUGCUUUGUUUAACAAUAUAUGUGGGGUCCUCUGACUGAUGUCUGCAGAUGGAAAAGACUUGGAAAGAAAAUGGCCAUGGAUUAAUAACAGACUAUUGCAAAACUAAAGUUAGUUUUAAUUAAUUUUAGUAAGUAAUUUUAUCGUCAUUCCUUCUUAAUCAUGAUUAAGCCUUCAACAAAUAUAACAGGCAGAAAUUCUGUUGGUGGAGUUUUCCAGGGUAGAAGACAGUGAAUUCUAGUCCUGCAUUAGGCACAAAGCCACCUGCCUGACCUUGGGCUGGUCGCACUCUACCAGUUCCAGGAAGCAGGCAAUAGCAAACCACUUCCCAAAUCUUGCCAAAAACCCUCCUGCAGAGAUGAGUCUAAGCAGCUGACAGGAGUCAAGGCAUACCUGUGCACACACAAUGCACACCAAAGCUUUCCUCUAUUGUAGAUCACCUAUUGGGUUUCUAUUUUUUUCAAGUACAUGCAUAUCCUGCCUUUCAUCUAGGAACUCCAGGUAGCAGGUGCAUCAUCCCCUUCUCCCUGUCAGAACUAAGAGUGCCUUGUUGGCCCAAAGUCCCUCAGCAUUUGUGGUUCAGGGCAGAUGUGAAUCAAAGUCUCCCUGAUCUUAGUGCAAAAAAAUUACCACUACACCACAGUUUUACUGAGACGAUGAAGGUAUAAUUUCUUUUUUGAUGAAUCAAAUGGCAAAUAUUUAAAAUAAUCUCUCCUACAAUGUGACAGAAACCAACAAAUAAAAAGCUUUUCUUUCCUCCUUCGGAUUUUUUCCACUCGGUGUGCUUUCCACUCUGUGUGUGUGAUGAAUUAUUUUUCACUAACUGGAGACAGUAUUAGGCACAGUUCUACCACCACUCCCGUAGCUUUAUUCUUACAUUAUAAGGUAAAAGAGAACCACUAUAUGUGCCUGACAUGCACAUAUUUCAAUGCUGUGAAAUUAAGCAUAUUAAAUGAAUAUAAAUAUGAAUGUAGUGAUUUAAAGGUUAGGUUUUCUAUUGGUGAUGGAGACAUAACGAAACUUUACCAUAACCUUAAGUUACUGCUUUAUUUGUAGGAAAGAUUGUUAGUUUAUAAUAGCGGUGCCAACAAGAGUAAAAUAUAUUGUGACUACAAUUUUAGAGGAUUGCAUACAGGUCAUUACUAACAUGUUCAUGCUGUUUCUGCCUCCAAACCAAAUUAACUCUGUGAUCAGGCCUCCAUAUUACACUGAUUGAAAAACUUCAGAACUGAACACACACUACCUAAAGUUACAUCAUAUUGAUUUUUUUCGGUUGACCUCAGAAAGUUAUAGUGUGGUUGUAUACAUUUGUGUCUGAUGGAAUAUACUGUAUGACUGUAAGCAAUGCAUGUAUUGCUGAUAUUUGUACUCAAACCUCUCUUAAAUGAAUUAAAAAUAUAAAAUCUGA